AUGCCUUCUCAUAAGAAAACGAAAGAACAGCGAACAGUGGCUGAUCGACUGCGUUUGGUUCGUCUCUAUCGUGAGAGUGGAAAAACGUCCGCUCGAAAAUUUGCGAAGUUGAACAAUGUUCCGGAGGCGACGUUCCGCGGCUGGCUGAGGGAUGCUGAAGCUGGCAAACUCGCCGAUGCUAAUCCGUCUGGUCCACAGGGAGUCCGCAACAGAAGUUCCCAGUUCGGGAAAAUUGAGGAGCGGCUAGUGAAGUAUAUUUUGCUUCGAAGGGAGAAGUUUGUGACUGACAAACUUGGAUUGUCGUGGGUGAUCCUGAGGGAGAAAGCUCUCGACUUCGCUAAGCAAGAGCUUGGCGACGAUGCCGACUCCUUCACCGCUAGUCCUGGAUGGUGCCUCAAUGUGCUUCGGCGGAAUGGCCUUACCGGCGUCAAUCUUCAUGGAGAAGGAAUGGAGAUGGACGAGGACGUUGCAUCUGCUGCCAUGUCUUCGUUUCGGGAAGGCAUAAAGAAAACUAUGAGCGAGCGGAACAUCCCUCUAGAACGGGUCUUCAACGCUGAUCAAACAGGGCUGUUCCACCAGAAGCUACCGAACCGUAUCUAUUGCCAGCAGGAGGAGAAGAGGACCAUUCGUGGAGUCAAACAGAUGAAGGCCAAGGAGAGAAUCACUCUCAUGGUGUGCACCUCUGCUGUUGGGGAGAAAGUUCCACUUGCUGUUGUUGGAAAGUCCAAGCGUCCGCAGUGUUGGGAUCUCUGUGGGAACAACCCACCCAUGGCCUACACUAAUCAAGCCAACGCUUGGUUUGACAAGACAGUGACCAAGUGGUGGCUGCAGGAUGUGUUUUGUGCUUGGUACAAGCAGCGUUAUGGUGAGCUUCCUUGCAUUCUCAUCUUGGACAACUGUCCAGCUCAUGAAGGUGUGGGCAAGCUUUCACCUAAGUCCGUCAUCAUCACAUUCCUGCCUCCCAACCUGACCUCCCGCUUUCAGCCGAUGGACCAAGGGAUCAUCCAUUGCCUCAAGGUCGGAUACAAGACUGAUCUCCUGCGACGCCUGUUGAAUAUCUUCGACAAUGACAACACAGCAAAAGCAGCACUGGAGGCAGGCAAGAAACAGCGGCGUGGGUGCAAGGGAGUUGCACAUGGCCACAAGCCUCAUGUUCUCGAUGCCAUCACAAUAAUGAAGGACAUAUGGGAUGGGGAGAAGUAUGCUCGGCCACUCAGCAUCCUGCGGUGUUGGCGAAAAGCAAACUGCUUGCCAGCUGAUGCCCAGGAGUCACUGGAGGAGCGUGAUGGUCGCACAGCCAUGCAACCGCUUGAUCAAGAGUCGCUCACUGAUCUUUGCACCGCUAUGCAGAGCUUAUGUGAAGCUGUGUCGAAGAGCACCCAAGCCGGUCCUGGUGUUGAGGACAUUGUGGAGCUCGGUGCCAUCUCUGAAUCGCAAUGUCUGGAGGCAUCCAAGACAUGGGUAGCCAUUGAAGAUGACCCGCUUGUGAGAGACGUAGAAGUUGACGAAUUGAUCGAGCAUCUGGAGACAGCUACAACUGCAGAUGAGGAGUCAGAUGGUCAGUUGGAUGAUGAUGCGGAGUCUUCAGCAAUGGCUGCAGAGGAAGCGGCAGCAGCACCAGCAGCUAGAGAUUCUGAUGUCGAUGCAGCAAUGCUGUUGUUGCUCAAUUUCUGCACCACUCGCAACAACUCGGAACUGAGUCUUGCAGCACGACGGCUGGAUUACCUGAUCCGAAAUGACCGAGCUGCCAGCACGACGCUGGUUCAGCCAUCCAUUCAUGUGUUCUUCCCGACUGCAGAAUGA